UUCGCACUUCCGGUUUGUAGAGUUGUGCGAGCAGGCAGCUAAAUUAGGAGGAGGCUAAAUUAGCCGGCUAACUGGCCUACGCCCCUGGACAACAAGCGACCUACUUUCACCACUGAAGAAUCCAACACCCGGCAAGGUCAUGUCGGAUUUCUCGUUAACAGACGCAUUAGGUGACAGUACACCGAGCCAGGCCAAACCGCAAGGGAACACCAACCCGUCGGCACCAGCAAACAACCCGGGAUGGCCCUCGUCAGCUCCUGGCGCUCCUGCUCAGCCCUCGGCGCCCCCGCCAGGCCAGUUCCCCUUCUCCUCUGGCCCCGGCGCACCGGGCCACUACCCGGGGCCCCCUUCGGCACCGGGUGGAUUCCCGUCCGCUCCUGGGAUGCCUGGACAAUAUCCUCCGGCGCCAGGGGCCCCGGGGCAGUACCCCGCCAGCCCUGGGGCGCCUGGCCAAUUCCCAGGGCACUAUCCGCCCGAAGGAGCACCGGGUCAGCUACCCGGUGGGCCUGUUCCUUACCCAGCUGGACCUUUCCCCUCUGGUCCCGGCGCUCCUCCCGGGCCUUAUCCAAACAUGCCUCUUCCAGGAACCUACCCACCUGGGGGUAACGGCAUGUACGGGCCAGGCGGUCCUGGCGGUUUCCCCCCUCCCGCUGGCCCAGGUGCCUUCCCGGCGUUCCCCCCAGGCGGUGGCUUUCCCCCUAUUCCCGCUGGCUCUUGGGGACCCGGCGGUGGUGGUUUCCCACCAGCACCGGGACCCUUCGGUCCUGGCUCAAUGGGUCCGUACGACAACCCUGCUGCUCCAGGAGGCAUGCUGAUGGUGCCAUACGAUCUUCCGCUCCAUGCUGGGCUGAUGCCGCGUCUCGUCAUCACCAUCGUCGGGGAGCCGGUUCCUGGAGCCAGCAGGUUCCACGUGGACUUCAUGAAAGGUUCAGAUGUGGUCUUUCACUUCAACCCUCGUUUCCACGAGCAGACCAUCGUUAGAAACUCCAGCAUCGGGGGCUGUUGGGGGCCUGAAGAAAGGGGUGGAGUUUUCCCCUUCGUCCAAGGCCAACGUUUCGAGCUUAAGAUCCUGGUGGAGGAGGACGUCUUUAAGGUGGCUGUGGACGGCAACCACCUGCUGGAGUACGACCACCGCGUGGGUGGCCUGGAGGACGUCACCCUGCUACGGGUGACGGGUGAUGUGGCACUGUACAGCGUGGCGCCCAACAUGAUCUGAAUGCCGCCUGCCUGGAAAACAAACUGAAUCGGAAGGAAAGAACGCGCACGCCUUUGGAAUUUGACUCGCACUAAGUAGAAGGUCACCUUUGCCCACUAGGCAGUCUUGUUCAUAAUUUAUCUAAAUAGAUGGCACACAAAUGCUGAAAAUAAUGCUUUGCUGUAUACUCAUGUUAGGACUAUUAACCUUGACGACUUCUGAGUUGUGAAAUGAAAAGCGUCGUGUUCUCCAGUGUUCUGACUCGAAGGAAAGAACAUCAGGAGUUAAGUAUGUUAUUGCCAAAGGUAACAGUGGUUCAAGUGUUUGUUUUGCUCGAAAUGAUGGGAAAAAUUAAAUGGCUGAUUUUAUUUUCCCCCCCAAAUGUACUUCUACGUAUUGGACAUAUGACUGAAAUAAUAAAGAUAUGUCAAUGAU